AUGUUCAACAAAAUCUUCUCAAUUUUUGUGGUCCUCCUUGUUUUCCUCCAUAUUUCUGAUUCUCAACGUGUUUUUGAUAUGAUGGAUCAACAGACCAAUUUUAUGAAGCCAAGGUUUUUCAAAAAGUUUUUCUUUGCCUCAAAAUCAUUUUGAAUUUUUCAGCACUCGAUUUUUCAACAAAAUCCCAUUGCAAACCAUCUAUCAACGUCGUAAUUAUUUUUCUGGUCCUUUCAGAUUUUCAAUGCGUAAAGAUUUUCAAAAAUGA